AUGUCCCUUCACGCUGCCCAUCUUCGGGUCGCGCGGCCGACCGAUGACAUCGACGCCCUCAUCCCAUUUUACCGGGACGGGCUGGGGUUUGCGAUCCUGCUCCGCUUCGGGGAGCACGACGGCUUCGACGGCGUCAUGCUGGGGCUCCGCGGCGCCGCCUACCAUCUCGAGUUUACGAGCAAGCGAGGGCAUGCCGUGGGCCGCGCCCCGACCGCGGACAAUCUCUUGAUCUUCUACCUCCCCGACGACGGCGCGUUCCAGGCCGCCGUCGCGCGCAUGCAGGCGCAGGGCUUCGCCGCCGUGGCCAGCUUCAACCCGUACUGGGACCAAAAGGGCAAGACCUUUGAAGAUCCGGAUGGCUAUCGGAUCGUGCUGGCCAACAUGGUCAACCCGGCUGCCUAA